AUGACUCCUGGCGGUACAGGGGGUUUGGAUGCUCGACUAUUCGACAUGGCCGCGUUGAAUUUGUUGUCAAAGGGAGAAGAGCCAAUCGAUGAACCUCCUCCGAAAAUUGCACUGGAGCGUGGAAAGCUGUUGCAGGAAGUUCGAAAAGUCCUUGAAGGGCAAGGAGGUGACAAAAAGGCUGUUAGCUUGGUCGUGAUUGGUACUAAGUCUUGCUGGCAUUUUCAAGUGAUUUUUUGUUGA